AAGUGAAUUCAGAGUAAUUUAGAUUCAGAAAAUGGACAUGCCAGUCUGAGAACUACUUCCUCCGAGUGUCCUUGAAGGCAUCGUGAAGGCUUGGUUCUUCAUGCAUGCUGGUCGUUGACUCCUCCUGUCUGCCUUGAGGUGUAGUCUUCCAGUCCUUAUAUUAACUGAUGUGCCUGCAAGAGAAGGUGAGGUGUACGCUUUGCAUUAGGAUUGUACCUUACCUCUCAGCACUCUUGACUGGAUCACCGCGUCGUUGUGUUUUUGUUUUUGUCUGGUGUUCCUGUGCCAUCAUGAAUCCGCCCUGUGGGAGAUGCAACAAACCAGUCUACCCUACAGAGAAAAUUAAUUGCCUUGAUAAGAACUGGCACAAGGGUUGUUUCAGCUGCGAGGUUUGCAAGAUGGCGUUGAGCAUGACGACCUACAAAGGCUUUGAGAAGAAACCUUACUGCAGUAUGCAUUACCCCAAGACCUCCUUCACCAUAGUGACCGACACCCCCGAGAACCUGCGUCUCAAACAACAGACCAUGCUCAACAGCCAGGCGCUCUAUAAGGAGGACUUUGAAAAGAACAAGGGUAAAGGUUUCAGCGUGGUGAGUGACACUCCGGAGAUGCAGAGACUAAAGAAGACCCAAGGACAGAUCAGUCACGCUCUUUAUAAGGAGGACUUUGAAAAGAGCAAGGGGAAAGGUUUCAGCGUGGUGGUUGACACUCCGGAGAUGCAGAGGCUGAAGAAGACGCAAGACCAGAUCAGCAACAUAAAGUACCAUGAAGAAUUUGAGAAGAGCAGGGUUCGAAGUGACGCACCUCCACCUGAAAACAGACAAGAUUUAGAAGGCCAGCCAGCCAACCCUGAGAGAUUCAGUAAGCCUGUUGGACAAGUGCAUCCUGCUGCUGUAGCUCCGCCUGCUGGAGGGAAGCGUUUCCAGGCGAUCUACAGCUACACGGCGGCAGAAGGAGAUGAAAUUUCUCUGCAGGAAGGUGAUGUGAUCUUAGACGUGGAGCCGAUAGACGAAGGAUGGAUGUUCGGAUUCAACCAGCGCAGCGGACAGCGAGGCCUUCUGCCCGCCAACUACGUCCGACCUGUGUGAAACAAAUCCACCUCCAUCACCUGCUGCCCUGUGGGUCUGCUGUCAGCAACAAAAACAGGCGUCUUUUUACCAUUUUGGAAACAGCUGUAUGUAAACGUUUCCUGUGACUGGUUCAGCUUUGCUUUUUUUUUUUUUUUUUUUUUUUAAAACAGAAACUUGGUUUCAGAUUUAGGUAAAGAAGAAGAAAGGGUUGCCUCUUCCUAAAAAAAUUUAAAGUGCAGUUUCACUUUUGGGAUUACAGGGACAAAGAAAGGUGUGAAAUGUCAUGUCUGUAACCGAAACCCCCAAAAAAGAGGAAGUAAGAGAUAAGCAGACGUAAUAAAUUCACAAAACGGAAGAAGUGCUAAAAAUACAGCUACAGUUUCCUGCAUUGCUUCUCACAUAAAUAGUAUUUAUCUCUCUCAGGUAACAUUUACCUAUUUAUGUACAUUUCUUACAGCAGUAAGUGCAGCACUGACACAAACAGAUGCUUCAGGUCAGAAAUAUUUAUACCAUUUUAUGCAGUUGAACCAAGGAAUUCAUGCUUAAGACUCAUUUAACGCUUUAAUUACAUAAAUGUACUGACUUAAUGGUGUAAGCUGUUUUGAUUAAAAGAUGAACAUAACUGUGUUAAA